UCUACUUUAUCAGUCAAGAAAAACUGCUCUGUCUAUUAUUUAUUACAUCUAUUGUUCAUCCAAGCUUCAAAGCCCUUGACUUUCUCUCUUGUAAACACUGGUGAGUUAACUUGGAAUUCGAGAGUUUAGCCAUGGCCGGGGAAUUGAGCUUAACAAGUGAAGGCAGCCAAUACAAUGGCAGAAUGACAUCUUUUGUUGUUCUAUCUUGUAUGAUGGCUGCCAUGGGAGGAGUCAUUUUUGGUUAUGAUGUUGGAAUUUCUGGUGGUGUCACAUCUAUGGAACCAUUCCUCAAGAAAUUCUUCCCAGACGUGUACAAAAAGAUGAAAGAAGACACAAAGAUUAGCAAUUACUGUAAAUUUGAUAGUCAACUGCUGACCUCCUUCACGUCCUCACUAUAUGUUGCUGGUCUUGUUGCUUCCUUCUUCGCGUCAUGGGUCACAAGAGCAUUUGGGCGGAAAUCAUCAAUUCUUUUAGCAGGUGCUGCAUUCCUUGCCGGCUCAGCCCUUGGUGGUGCUGCUUUUAAUGUUUAUAUGUUGAUAUUUGGCCGUAUCUUGCUCGGAAUUGGUCUCGGUUUUGCUAAUCAGUCAGUGCCACUUUAUCUUUCUGAAAUGGCACCACCAAGAUAUAGGGGCGCAAUCAACAAUGGCUUCCAAUUUUGUGUUGGCAUUGGAAUACUGUCUGCUAAUCUCGUAAACUAUGGGACUGAAAAGAUAGAAGGCGGUUGGGGAUGGAGAAUUUCCCUGGCUCUGGCCGCAGUUCCAGCUACAAUUCUAACAAUAGGGGCACUUUUCCUCCCAGAGACACCGAACAGCUUGAUUCAGCGCACUAACGACCAUGAAAGAGCUAAACUUAUGCUGCAACGUGUUCGAGGCACCAAUGACGUCCAAGCAGAACUUGAUGAUCUAAUCAAAGCUAGCUCUAUCUCAAAAACUAUUGAACACCCAUUCAAGAAUAUCAUGCAAAGAAAGUACAGGCCUCAACUAGUAAUGGCAAUAACCAUACCAUUUUUUCAACAAGUAACAGGCAUUAACGUUGUUGCAUUUUAUGCUCCAGUACUUUUCAGGACAAUUGGAUUAGGGGAAAGUGCUUCGCUUAUGUCUUCAGUUGCAACAGGAGGUGUGGGUAGUUUAUCAACCUUUAUAUCAAUGCUUGUAGUUGACAAACUUGGAAGAAGAGCACUGUUUCUAUUUGGGGGUGUACAAAUGUUCGCGUCACAAAUUAUCGUUGGAGGUAUCAUGGCAGCUGAAUUAGGUGAUCGUGGCGGUAUAGGCAAAGGGUAUGCUUAUAUAGUUUUGAUUUUGAUCUGUAUUUAUGUGGCUGGAUUUGCAUUCUCAUGGGGUCCUCUUGGCUGGUUAGUUCCUAGUGAGAUUUUUCCGCUUGAGAUUCGAUCAGCAGGGCAAAGUAUUGUAGUGGCAGUGAACUUUCUUUUAAUUUUCAUUACUGCACAAACUUUUCUGUCGGUGCUUUGCCACUUCAAGUCCGGAACUUUCUUCUUUUUUGGAGGAUGGGUUGUUGUGAUGACUAUUUUCGUGCACUUGUUUUUGCCGGAGACGAAAAAUAUACCACUUGAGAAAAUGGAAAUAGUGUGGAGGGAGCACUGGUUCUGGAAGAGAAUUGUGGGGGAAACUGUCGAGGAAAGUAAUAAAAUUGAAGCAGCUUGAAAUUGAUACAAUUAGUUACGUUUUCAAACUUUGUUGUUGUACAAUUUCAUUUUAGUCCUUUACCAGAAAAUAGUAAUUUACUUAUGUUUCCGUUAGCUGAAGAAAGCAAGACAUUGUAGUACUAAUUUAAAUGGAAUAUUGAACAAUUUAUUACA